AUGGAUCAAGUUCAAAAAGACAAACUCAUCUCGUCGAACAACAAACUUCAUCAAAUGCAUUUGGAAGCAGAAGAGAAGAGGAGGGCGCAAGCGGAGAAGGAACGCAUGCAAGCAGAAGACAGAGCUAGGCGCGCAGAAUCUAGAGCACCUGCCUCAACCCAACCCCCACGUGAAGCUUUGGUGGAUGUCAACGACGCUGACAACGACGGAGACCCGAUUGAUCCAACCGGCACUGCGGGUGGUUCUGGAGAGGCGAAUGGUGAAGAAGGCGAUGACGAGUCAUCUGAAGCAGAAGAGAAUGGAACCUUCAAGUCAGCCUUAAAGAAAAAGAUUCAGAUGAGACAAGACGGAUCUCUUGUUCCUUCCUUAGAGAAGAGUAUCAGAAUAAAAGUCCCUUCGUCAGUCGAAGUCGACAAAGAACCUCAACAAGGCGCCUCCAUCAUGGAUGAGCUCAACCAUGCGGUUGAAUUUGGGACUCUCGAAGAGGCCAAGGCUGCAUUGGAGAAGGUUGACGCGAUCCUGAAACGUUCAACACUUUUCAAUCCCCCGAGAAACCGUCCCGAAGCUGUGGCGCCAGGACACGCCAGAAGACCAGGUGUGGUCCAAACGCCAAACUCGCAUGCGAAGGCGGACAGGGCACCUGCUCAGGCGAAGGCCAACAAAGCUCUGGCACCGAACCCGAAGAGAAAGAUCUCGAGGGACAGCGAGAAUCCCUCCUCGUCAUCCAGCUCCUCAGAUGAUAGCAAGUUGAAGAAGAAGCUGAAGAAGUGUUCUAAAUCCAAGAAGAAGAAGUCCAGAAAGUCUUCAGAUCCGGAUUUGGGAGACUCAACUCCCUCUGAAUCUUCCUCAUCCGACGACUCGUCAGCAGUGAAGGUUAGUGGUCGUGACCUCUGGGUGUUCCUCCUACCAAUCAGUUUUACUCACCUGAACCCCGCUUCCGCUCGCUUAUCCAAUUUUUAG